UAGACUCUUCCUCUAAUACGAUGUUUAAACAAACCUUCAAUACUAGACAAUAGACAAAAUGCAAUCCUAAUGUUCACAAGAUCUACUUGUAGCUGAAAGAAAAUCGUGGCACAAAAUUGUUCUUAAUUGAUUUGGCCCUAGUUCAUACUCGUUGAUAUCAACGUUCCAACAACAAUGUGUUGUUCUUCUGAUUUUCAAGAAAAUGAUUGACUAUCUUACUUAGUAAUUCAACAAUGAGACAUCAACCGCUAGGCACCAUUUUAAUGAUGUUUCUUUGCUUCUUUUUUGAUUAAGCUUGCUGGAUGGGAUGAUGCACAACAGGGAAGUUGAAUGAAGUAAAGGAAAAUGGCUAGCACACAAAAAUUAGUUCUUGGAGCAUUGAAUGUUAGUUACAACUUUCAUUUUGCAGGUCUCCUUCUCAUAACCUUUGUGAUUGCUUCUGUUUGUGGUAAACAGUACUUCCAGGGACUGCUGAUGAUACCUUAUGGUUUUGUCCAGCACUGUGAUUUGUUUUCAGGCAGAUGGGUUUAUGAUAACGUAUCAUACCCUCUAUACAAGGGGAAACAAUGUUCUUUCAUGGACGACGACUUUGCCUGUGAGAAGUUUGGUAGCAAGGACUUGGAUUAUCAGAAAUGGCGAUGGCAGCCACAUGAUUGUGACCUUCCAAGGUUCAAUGCUUUUGCAUUGUUGAAGAAGUUAAGAGGGAAGAAGCUUGUGUUUGUAGGGGAUACCUUGAAUCGUAACCAAUUCAUGUCAAUGCUGUGUCAAAUUGAAUCCUCGAUCCCUCAAUCAUCGUCUAAACUGUCACAUGUCCGGAAAGGCAACUCCAUCAUCUUUAAAGCCACCGAAUACAAUGCCACAAUCGAAUUCUAUUGGGCUCCUUUGCUGGUUGAAUCUAAUUGCGAUGACAUGGAAAUUCAUCAUGUACAAGAUUGCAUAGUCAGAAUUAAGGCAAUUGAAAAGCAUGCCAGGUACUGGACGGAUGCAGAUAUACUCGUAUUUGAUUCCUUUGCUCGGUGGUUGGGGUCGAAAAUGACACUUCUAUGGGGAUCAUUUGGAAGCUCUGAUGCAAUCUAUAAAGAAGUCGAGAUGAGGCUGCGUGUGUAUGAGAUGGCUUUGAACACAUGGUCAGACUGGUUAGAAAACCACAUUAAAAGAACUAAAACAAAGUUAUUCUUCAUGAGCCUCUCACCUUAUCACAAGAAUGGUGAAGAUUGGGGCAUGGAUACUGGAGGAAAUUGCUACAAUGAAACCGAGCCAAUUUUGAGUGAGGGGCAUUGGGGAAGUUUAACAGAUCGUGGAACAAUGCAGAUAGUAGAGUCAGCUAUACAAAAGCUCAAAACAAGAGGUUUAAAGGUACAUUACCUCAAUAUAACACAAUUGUCGGAUUACAAGAAAGAUGCUCACCCUUCUAUUUAUAAGAAAUUUUGGAUGAAUCUAACUGAAGAACAAUUAGCAAACCCCAUGAGCCACUCAGAUUGUGACAAUUGGUGUCUUUCAGGAGUGCCUGAUGUUUGGAAUACAAUCCUCUAUUCCUACAUUAUGCAUUUACGAAGUUCAUAUGUUGCACGAGAUACAAAAUAUUUAUACAGUGAUGGAUAAGCUUUUCAGAUUUGAA